AUGACGACAAAUCAGCCCCAGAAUGUCGACAACUUCGACAGUCUCAUCGACCUGAGCGAGUAUGACACAAUGCCUGCCUAUGCCUCGCCGUCGCUCUCUCCCUCGGCCAGCAAGAACUCUUUCCCGAGCAGGCCAUCUGUCAGCUCCAUCCAGACCCCGACCGUGCCCUCGACGGCGCAACCGUCUCUGAGCGGACCGAGCCAUCAAUACGAGCUCUACAAGCAGCAAACCGGCAUCGUGCCCGGCGCUCUGGCCAGCACGCUCGCCGUCAACCAGGCCAACUCGCACAUUUCCGGCUACAACAGCGGCUACGGCAUGGAGUUUCUGAACAACGUCAGCCCUGCCGACGACAUGUUCGACUUCAACGCCGCCCCCUCAGCCCACUCCCACUCGCAGGGCUCCGGCAGCCUCGACAUCGACAUGGACUUUGACUCCCCCCCCGAGUCUCAGUACUUCUUCCCUGGCACCGAGUCGACCAUCAACCCGAAUGCCAUCGGUGGACAGGAGUCUCCCGUCCUGCCCUCGCAGCCUGGCAACGUCGGUCGCCUCUGGCCCGGCAUGCACACGCAGGCUGCCGCUCUGGCCAAGGCCCAAGCUCAGCAGCGUGCUCAGCAGCAGAUGAUUCAGUCUCAGCAGCAGCAAAGGCAGCAGUCGCAGCCCCAGCAGACGAGGCCCCGAACCAAGAGCGCUCAGCCGACCGACCCCAUUGUCGAGCAGAAGAUUACGCAGCUCCUCAACUCCAUGCGCAACAAGUCGGCUUCGGAAGAUGACGGCAGCAUGCCCAUGCUCAACAUUUCCCGUCCCAAGAAGGAUGAGGACGACAUGGACGAAGACGAAAGGUUGCUCGCUAGUGAGGAGGGCAAGAAGCUCAGCAGCAAGGAGCGCCGCCAGCUGCGUAACAAGGUCUCUGCCCGCGCUUUCCGCUCCAGGAGAAAGGAAUACAUCACGCAGCUCGAGGCCGAGAUUGCCAACAAGGUCACCGAGAACGGCGACCUGCGCCUGCAGAACCAUGCUCUCAUGGAGGAGAACAAGCGCCUGUCGGAUCUUACCCGCAUGCUCCUGACCUCGCCGUCCUUCUCUACCUUCCUUGACCAUCUCAGCAACAACCCCCAGGCCAUCCCGCAGCAGCCCGUGCAGGUGCCCGUCAAGCCUGAGCAGCGUCAGUCGGAGAAGGCGCAGGCCCACAAGGAUUCCAACCCCUACGCCGCUCAGCAGUCUCAGCAGCAACAGAUUGGCAUGGCCAUGAUCCCGGAGCAGAACAUGGAUCUCUCCAUGCUCAACCUGAACAACGACUCGUUCAACUUCCAGCCCCAAGUCUAUGCCGUACUUGAGACCCCAGAGAUGCCCGCCACCAUUGACGCUGAGAUUCUCUCUGGCAAGACGUCCAAUUUUGUGGGCGAGGCCUUUGAGUCGGACGAUGACAAGGUUGAGCUUCCCAUGAUCGAAUCGCCCAAGAUGAAUGCCGCCCCGGCCGUGCUUGAGAAGACCCCCGAGCCCGAGCAGUCGUAUGAUGAUGAUUUCGAGAAUGAUCCUGAAUUCGCUCUCUACCACACGACGCCCGCUUCAUCUGCAACUGCCCCUGUCGAGCUCGACACGGAUGGUCUGUCACACAUUGACCUUUUUGGCGGUAUCGAGUCAGAGAAGGUCCUGGCGCGCUAUGAGCUGGUGGACGCUACCGAAGAGGAGGAGACGUCCCUGGUCGCCAUUGUCAGGGUUCAGCGCAUCAGCGCCGGCCUCGAGCCUGUGCUGGCCAGGUUAGAGCGCCUGUGCCUCUAG